CUGAUAAGAUUAUUUAUGGCAGAUAACACUUGUUGCAAAUACAGGCCCAAUUCCUUCAGUGAAGGAGACCUAUUUUUUUGUUGUGGAUUUUGUUAUAUGGGAGUAGCGAGCGGCUGAGAAAAACUCUCAGCUUGUCAGUCGUUCAGCCUGUUAAUUUCAGCUGUCUCCUGUUCAUUUGCAGGGCCGGGUAGGUCAUUUGAAUAACAUGGGGACUCUGAGACUCUGACUGAGCGGCUGACGCCUGCUGCAUGGAGUGCCAAGCGAUGUGGCGCAAGCAGCUGAAGCCGAAUAGGCAUCCAGAUGCCUGUGAGAUUAUAUCACCAACUUGUAUUUUUCAACAGAUUCAAAUAUUUCACUUCUGCUUGUCAUGGCACCGUAUAGUUACUUGACCCCUUACCUUAGAGUGUCGAUUAUUAACUGGGAGCAAACAGACCUUGGUAUAAUAUGAUUUCCUUUAUUUUUCUUGUAAGAUUUAUUUUGAUUGUCAGGAUUUCAGACCUGUUUCAUAGCUCCUUUUUCUUACCAGAAAGGUAAUAUUAUGUUCCUUCUCUUCACCUGAAUCUGAAGUGGAUCCUUUGAAUGACAUUGUACUCUCUGCUUGGUAUCACUUAGGGUGAAAUUACAUGAGAAGUUUGAACUGCUAUAAUGGCUGCGUGGUGCUCAGAAGAGGCAUCCUGGUUCCCUCUCUUUCUUAGCCCUGGACACUAUUCCCACAGCUUACUUGGCUGGCUGCUCACCGAAUCUGCUCACUAAACUGGCAGGGAAGUAACCAAGCAAAAAGGUGGCUGUUGCUGAGCUAAUGAGUCAAAUCAUUGCCCAGAGAAGUCUGAUGAGUGCCAAAACGUGGUAAAGGAAGAGGGCAGAGGGUGGAACUGUGGCUACUGAAAACCACAAAGAAAGAGGAAAGAGCAGUGGAAGAGGAGGGAGGAGCAGGAAGAAAGGGAAGUGGUGGCAAGCUGUCAGAUAAACUAAGCUGUUAAAUGUAAAUUUACCUUUACAGAUUAUUUGACACAGUAUGGGGAAACUUUCUUUCCUUUCCUCUGGAGGCUGAAUAGGCCUUUCAAACACUGUUGGCAGAUCAAAGGUCAAUAUGUUAUUACCAUCCGUGAAUAAUGCAAAAAAUAAUCUGGCUCCAAGUUGUAUGAAAUAAUAUUUUUGGGAAGAUAAAAGCUCUUUUUUUGUCAUAUCUUCUCAAAUGUGAAGUUCUUUACUCAGUGACAUCUUUUAAACCUUCUGAUAAAGAAAUAAUGACAUUUCAGCUUAAAACAUUACUUAUAUUCCAGAGUUGAGAUGUAACUUUCCAUAUUUUUGAAGUUAUUUAAAAACAAGCUAAUCUUCAACUAAUGGUACUGCUUAAUUAGAUGUAAUUUCUGAGGCGUCUUUGCAAAUUUCUCUUAGCCUAGCAAGCAGGAUCUUUAGUUUAUUGGGAGAUCCAUUAGUCUCUCUAGAUUUCUCACUGCCCAAAUGCACCUGGAGACUGAUGGCCUGCAAAGGCUAGAGUUGGAUACUAUUUUAAUCAUCGAUUUUAGGAAAACAUUUUUAAAUUUGAAAAUAUUACCGUUGCAUUUAGCCUGUAGGUGAAAUGACUUUUUGAAAAGGCUUUUGAUGCGUAGUGUUGAUCUGGGAAAAGGGGCUUGUCCAGUAAUUUUUCAUUUCAGAAAGUAUUAUGAUAGCUUGCUGCAAGGGGGAUCUAGCUAUAUUGCCAGACUUACAGCCAAUGCAGUAAGGAGACUUCAAGAAGCUGGUUCUUGGGGGUUUGGAUUAGAAACUUAUUCUACAUUUCUUGCUUAUAAUCAUCAUUGAAUUGGACACAAUUAAUUUUGGUGUUUGAAGUAAAAAUCAGGAACACUGCAGCAGUUCUACUUAACUGCUGUCAUCCUUUAAUUUGGUUGGUCUGUUCGCUUAUUUUGUCUAAUGCAGCUCAGGAUUAUAAUCAAAAGUUGUCAUUAUCUCACAGCUGCUCAGUGCUUGUAUGACAAGUUUUACAUUCUUAGUUUCCAGUGGACCAUCAGCAAUGGGGGAAAAACCAAGGAAUGAGUAGCAUGAACAGUAAUCUGUCCUUUCACUGAAGGAACACCACAUGUCAAUAUCUUCUGAAAUGAGAAAGAAGAGUGGUUGCUUAGGAGAUACAAAAUAUACAAGUAUUAGUAUUUAAUUAUCAGAGUCAUUCACUUUUUGGUCAUAAUGCUUAAAGCACUUGACUGGAGCCUGAAGAGAUGGAAAACCUGACAAUCCUCACUAGGCAUUGCAACAAAACCUCUGCAGGGAGUUUUUCAAGAAGUGGAAAACCAAUGAAAGGUGUAAGAAUCCAAUUUUUUUUUGGAUGGAUGAUGGCAACCAAUGAACCUGAAGAAAGCAGAGUGCGCGGGGCUCUGGCUGCCACUGAGGCUGUUCUGGUUUAUCAAGAUGAGCAUUCUUGGAACAUGGGAGUAGCACCUUGGAGGCCUCUGGAAGUCAUUGUGCCAGUUCAUCCAUACUGCAAUUCUAUGGAGGUCAAAUGAAACUACACCACAUAAAUGUUUGUUCCUUAAUGCCUCAAGUUUAAAAGCAGCGAGUCAAGUGAAUACAGCAAUAAAGAAAAGGCAGAAGGUUAAUUUGAAUGGUGAACAUGAUUUCAAACAGCAGAUGUCAGUCUCAGAGAAGCUACAUGACGUUGCCAUGCUUCAAAUUAGUUGAGAUGGUGAUCAUGGCAGGGACCGUGAUGCUGGCUUACUAUUUCGAGUACACGGACACCUUCACGGUCAACGUGCAAGGCUUCUUCUGCUACGAGGGCGCAUACCGAAAGCCCUACCCGGGCCCGGAGGACCGCAGCGCCGUGCCCCCGGUGCUCCUCUACUCGCUGACCGCAGGCGUGCCGGUGCUGGUGAUUAUCGUUGGAGAAACUGCAGUGUUUUGUCUACAGUUAGCUACAAAGGAUUUUGAAAACCAAGAAAAAACAAUAUUAACUGGAGACUGUUGUUAUAUAAAUCCACUGGUGCGCAGGACCAUCAGAUUCCUUGGAAUUUACGCAUUUGGACUGUUUGCUACGGACAUCUUUGUAAAUGCUGGACAAGUAGUAACAGGGAAUCUUGCACCACAUUUUCUUGCACUUUGUAAACCCAACUAUACAGCACUUGGAUGUAAACAAUAUACACAGUUCAUCAGUAGCGUACAUGCCUGUACUGGAAAUCCAGACCUUAUCAUGAAAGCCAGAAAGACAUUUCCAUCCAAAGAAGCAGCACUAAGCAUAUAUGCAGCUAUGUAUCUGGCUAUGUAUAUCACCAACACAGUAAAAGCCAGAGGAACAAGGCUUGCAAAACCUGUUCUGUGUUUGGGCUUAAUGUGCUUGGCUUUCCUUACUGGAAUCAACAGAGUAGCAGAGUAUCGAAAUCACUGGUCAGAUGUAAUAGCAGGAUUUAUAAUCGGAAUAUCUAUAGCAGUAUUUUUGGUUGUUUGUGUGGUAAAUAACUUCAGAGGACGUCAGCCAGAACAUGAACGUUCUCAUAUGGAAAAUCUGGCCCAGAUGCCCAUGAUCAGCAUACCCCGAGUAGAAAGCCCUUUAGAAAAGAACCACAUCACGGCCUUUGCAGAAGUCACAUGAUGUUGACGCUGAUGUAUAUUCACUCCAUUGGACUUCAUCUCUUUUCACAGCCCACACAUGAUAAUUGCAGUGUAUCAAAAAUAAGAAAUUUUUAGAAGUCCUAUUUCUGACUUGAUUUUUACAUCAUUAUAAUGAUACCAACAUUUUGAAGAAUUCUUAAAUAUUAGAACGUCACUUUACUUUCUAGAAAAAAUGUUAACUGUUUACUUUUUGAUGGAAUGGGACAAACUGAGCGCUAAUUAUAUUUAUCUGACAGUACCCUCUAUUUUGGCUUCUCAUUGUUUUUAAUGGUUCAUGUACCUAUUCCAACAGUACUUCAUAUUUUGAUUUGACUUUGAUUUUUAAAAUCUACAUUUUUAAUUCAGCAUGAACUUGUUUCCAUUUAGGGCGAUUUCAGUGUAUAAAAACUAGACAAAUAUUAUGUUCUGUAUGAAAAUGCUGUUUGCACAUUGUAUUACGCUGUAUUCCAUGUAAGAUAUCAUUCAAACAGUAUGUUAUAUGUAAGACUGGUGCUUCUGCUUUUGAAGAGAAAAAAAAUGCCAAUUUUUACUGUAAUAAGUAUUGUAUCAUAAUUAAAAGUUUAUUUAUUUGGAUAUUUUCCUGACAUAAUUGUAGUUGAAUUGUUGUUUUGUAGUUUUUGAAUGUCUUGGAUGAUAUAUAUGUAUCUAGGUUAAAAGAAAUGAAAAUAAUAUAGAAAGUUUGGUCACUGAUAUAUUCUUUAUUACUAAUGUUAUCCCAUGAAAGGUUAAGGGCUCCAUUCUUAGCUCAGCAUAUCUUAUGGGAAGCUGUGCUAUUCAUAAAUUGUUUUAACAAAUUCUUCAAGGCAGCCUGCAUCUGCUCAUGUUUAUUGUACGCCCUGAUACUAUGCUGGGAGAAUGGGUGCUAAGAUAAGAGGGUCACUGGCUUAGUGAGAAAAGUGCAUAUGAGUUCCUACUCUCCAUUUUCAUCUUGGAGCACUCAAGGAAAAACCAAAAUGGCUUCAUUAAUUUUCUUCAGCUGAAGUGACCAGGACAGGCAGACUUUCUCUCUACAGAUCUUUCUAUCUCUGUUUGUGUCUUAGGGCCAUAUUCUUGCAAAAAUAACCCCUGUCAGUCUGUGCAGUGUUGAUGAAUUGAUUUUUUUUUUUUCUUCAGCAUCAGGCAAUAUUACCAUAUCUCUGUUAUCGCUGUGAGUAAUCGAAUUGAGUCUCCCCUUCAAAAGACAGUCUUGCUGACUAUUCAUAGUGAUGUUGUCCUAGAAAAACUGAGCAUCAAAUGGAUCUAAAUACUGUAGAUGCUAAAGGGUUCUCUUAACAUCUACCAGAAAGUUUUCCUCUAGGAACAGCUGAUACGAUGCUAGCGCUAUAGGCACAGUGAGAGUCGUAAUGUUCAGUGCAGGCUGUUGGACGUUCUAGGCCUUACAUUUUCCAUAUUUUCACUGUAUUUCCUGUGCAUUGCUCAUCGUUAGAGGAUGUUUGAAACAUAAGACUGUAGAAUUAGGUAUAUAUUUUCUAUGACAAAUUUUAAUAAAUCCCCACAUAGUCAUCCAGGAAACACUUGCCUUCUACUUUUUAAUUUAAUCUCUGCUUUCACUAAAAUACAACUACCUAAAUAGUGCUUGGCAAACAGGGCAAGGCCAAGUCAUCUUUGAGUGCAAUAGAGCUUAUCUCAUGAAGUUAUUGUGCUAAGAUGAGAAUUAGAGAAUGAGGAAAUAUGCCAGUGGGGAGAGAAGUCCUAGAAUAGAGCCCUUAGCUACAACAGUGUUACUUAGGUGAUUGAAAAUCCACCUUUAUUAGACUAUCAAAUGUGUUUACAAAAUUGUAGUAGGUCCAAAGUUUGUUUAGGCACAUUAGGCACACUUACCCUUCCCUUAGUCUAGCUAUUUAAGGUCCAAGGUACUAAUGAUUUCUCUAUGUGCAGAUUUAAAUGAAAUCUUCACUCAUUUUUGCAUGGUAGAAAACCUGCAUUUUUUAUAUCUGAUUUAUAAGAUUACCAAGAGAUUCUUUUAUGUUAAAAGAGAUUACUCUUUUUCAGUGUACUGUAUAUCAUCAGCUUGUAACUGGUCUCUUUCUCUCUCAGGAUCUUUCCCAGUCAAAUAUUUGGGUAAAAUUUAUCAUAUUAUCUCUGUGAACCAGCAGUGAGAAAACAAGAGAGACACUCUGCUGUAUAAUGUAUUUUUAAAUAAAAUAAUUUUUCAUUCAUA